AUGAAGAGCAACAUUGACUGGAACAAGAACUUUCCGCCAGCCAUCUUCGGCAGUUGGAUCAGGCUGCGAGUCACCUCGCUUCGUCUGAAAUGCAACGAACUCAGUCGACGCUUCUCCAAAUGGCGGCAUCGUGUCCCGACCAAGAGGCCACCUCUACUUCUCACGACUGGAGGCAUGGCUCUACAACUAUUCUUCCAGCUCGUCAUGAUCGGCAUCAUCUGCGGUCUAUGGCACAUAUCGCAGCGCGAUGACGGUCUUGCUGCCGUGCCAGACAAUGACAACGCUUCGUUUGAUUCGACAGGCUUCCACCCAGCUUCCAUAUGGAGCUCAUCAAUUGUUUGGGCGACUGUUCCGGCCUGGAUCAUCUCGGCUUACUCUUCGCUCUGGUCAGCCAUGCUCGAGGCCCUCAAGAAGGUCCAGCCGACUCUAGAACUCGACAGGCCUAACUCCACACGGCGUUCGAGUGCAGUGGUUUGGGAAGCGUGGAAACAAAAUCUGUUGUCCAUCUUCGGCCGCAAACCAGCUCCACGGCCAACGACAGCCCGGACUCGCUCAACUGCCAAGCGCACCCUGUUACUGGACUACGGGGAGUGGCCAGUACUGAAUGGGUUCAAAGCCAUCAAGCAGGGCCACGUUCUCCUAGGUAUAGGCAUGCUCCUGCGUGUUGCCCUCUGGACCGCAAGUGGUCUCUCGGCUGCCAUCUUUGCUAUCGCUCAAGUACCCCGAGAGACAGAGACAGGGCUCUACAGUGACAAAUUCUUUGACGAGUGGCUAGGAUGGUAUGAGGGCAAAGGAGCCAACUAUUCAUCAUCGACCCCAGCCCUAGAGAUGGUGAGUGCUACGGUUGUGAGGGGGGCCCAGAACUAUUCUUGGACGACGGAGACGCAUUCAUUCUUACCAUACUUUCCCACCGAGAAGAAUGCCACUGGAAAUUACACCUUUGAUACGGAAGCGUACUGGGCCACAGUUGAGUGCAACGCCGAAACGGAAGAGGACCUAGUACGCGCCGGCGCAAUUACGCUCGCUCUAGAGGACGACGACGAGUACGACUCGGCUCAGGUUCAGAUCAGGUUCAAUUCAGGCGGCUGCGAUAUCUCCAAGUGGUUCAACCUCUUCAACAGCACGCUGAAAUACGCAAAGUCAUGGUCAGUUGUUGACUGUGGAGGAGCUGCCGGUCGCAUGAGGAUCGGUAUGUUUACGGGCACGUACAACGCGAGUGAACGAUUCCGCCUCUCAAACCUCACAGUCAUCACCUGUAAACCCAUGCUAUAUCGGUCAAACGCGACCCUCGAGGUUUCUCUGUCAAACAAUCCUUCAAUAGCCAAGGUCCUCAACUUUACGCAGCAUGACCAAGAACAGUUCUGGCCGGACUUUGCCCAAAUUUGGAUAAAAGAGAUUGACCUGUGCUCGGUGUUUGACCCAAAAGCUUACCUCGAUAUGGAUAGCUUCGCGCGUCUUGUCGUUAGCCACGGCUCCAACGAUCUAACCCUUGAUACCAUUCCCGGCAAGGAGAAGCUGCUCAGUUCUUUCAAGAUUGUCUUUCAGGCCUUUUUCGCCAACUAUAUAUCUCUACAAGCCUACUCUUCGGCAAAGAACGUCACCAUCACGGGAAAGGUGUCGCGGCUGCAGUUUCGUCUUUUUGUGGUCAGGUCCCCAGCCUUUGCAGUCGUUGGCAUCCUUGCGACUGUCUUUUGCGUUACGCUGAUUCUUCUUGUUCAUCUGCGCGAGAACCGGGCAAGUAUAGAGAAGUUCCUCGACUUGAUGCUCGGAAAUGCUCUCAUGUUCCGCCGAAGUGAGGGAGUUGAGCCUUUCCUCCAAACACUUGAGAGUCGGGCGCUUCAAACGCAACAGCAUCCGGAGGCCGUCAGCUUGGUCAAGUUUGCGGAAAAACAGAAGGAUAUGGAGAGCUGGGCCACGUGGAUGGACGGUACAACCGGAGAUGUGUACGUUGAGGCACCACAAACUCCCGUCCCACGUCCUCCUGGUCUGCCUGCAAGUGGCAGUGGUAAUUCCCAUGCGCCGUUGACCCCUGCUGCUGCGCCGACAGCACAGAACACUUCGAUUCCCAUGCACACGCUACCACAUCAAAAUCCGGGAGGAAACCAUACGCAAGCUAAUCCUUGA